AUGGCAACUGCCACUGAAUUUGCCCCUAUCACACCAAAGCCGGGGAACCUUAUUUCGGCUGCUGCGUCUCAGAAUAUUGACAUGGAAGAAAAUACUAAGAAUGGCGAAGAAAUGGGUACCGGGUUUGACCAGAGCGACAUGACGCGCAUGGGUAAAAUCCAGGAACUCAAGAGAAAUCUUCGCCCUCUGGCUGCUCUGAGCUUUGCAUCGGUACUCCAGGCUACCUGGGAAUUUCUGCUGAUAGGCAACACUGAAGCGCUCGUGAACGGCGGCAGGGCCGGUUUAUUCUGGACUUACAUAAAUGGCAUCAAUGCAAGUGAAACUACAGCCUCAUUUGGUUGGUAUCUGGAUCGCGCCUGGACUGACAAAUGUGGAAAACGUAGGUCUCCAACCUCUGGUGGCCAGUAUCACUGGAUUUCCGAACUUGCAUCUCCCCGCUAUCAACGCGUUUUGAGCUAUAUCACUGGCUGGAUGUCGGUACUCGCGUGGCAAGCUGGCGCAGCGUCGGGGUCAUUUCUGACCGGCACCAUCAUACAAGGGUUAAUUAGUGUGAAAGACCCAAGCUAUGAGACAGAGAAUUGGCAGGGCACACUGUUCGUUUUUGCCAUGAUCCUAGUCAUCUACUUUUUCAAUGUCUACGCGGCCAGUUGGAUGCCCCGUAUUCAAAACCUACUGUUGGCAUUGCACAUUCUUUGCUUUGUGGUAGUCAUAACCGUCCUGUGGGCCAUGGCCCCACGGCAACCUGCGAGUGUCGUAUUCCUGGAAUUUAGUAACACUGGCGGGUGGUCCAGCAUGGGAUUGGCCCUAAUGGUUGGUCAGAUCUCUGCUAUUUACGCCGGGCUCAGCACCGAUGCCACGGCGCACAUGUCCGAGGAAGUUCGCGAUGCCGGUAGAUACGUGCCGAUCGCUAUGGUCUGGGGCUUCUUUACCAAUGGCGCCAUGGCUGUUGUUCUGGUAAUUACCUAUCUUUUCGCCAUGCCAUCCCUGGAAGAUGCCCUUCAGGAUCCAACUGGCUUCCCCUUCAUCUAUGUUUUCAAGAAUGCAGUUGGGACUGCUGGAGUUAACGGUCUCACGGCUAUCAUCCUCAUCCCAGUCAUUUUCAGCAAUAUCCUCUUCAAUGCAUCAACAGCGCGCCAAACCUACGCCUUCGCUCGUGACAAAGGCUUGCCGUUUGCCAAGUGGAUCUGCAAGGUCAAUCCGAAGCGGAGGCUUCCCGUGAAUGCCAUUGGAUUAUCUUGUGUUAUCAGUGGUCUUCUAGCCUUGAUCAACAUCGGUUCUGACACAGCGUUUCAUGCGAUCAUUUCCCUUAAUGUUGCAGCACUUAUGUGGACAUAUGUCGUUUCCAUCGGCUGUUUACUAUACCGCAGACUAUCCUGUCCAGAAACACUGCCUCCACAGCGCUGGAGCAUGGGGAAAUAUGGAAUUUGGGUGAACGCAGCAGCCCUGGUAUAUGUAGUAUCUGCCUUCUUCUUCUCCUUUUGGCCCAGAAGUACUCCUGUCACUCGCACCACUUUCAACUGGAGCGUGGUCAUAUUUUCGGCCGUUUUCAUCAUCAGUGUGGUGAUGUACAUUAUCAAGGGACAAAAGGAAUAUGCGGGACCGGUGAUGUCUGUGAAACGCGACGGGAUACCGCAGGCCCGGGUCAACCGACAUAGCAUUCGCCGAGAGAUUUAG